GAAGCCCAUGACUCUUGCCAAUACUUCAAGGGCUCUUAACUGACAGGCAGGGUUAAAGGAAAGGAACAUUGUUGGACACAAAUGCUGCUAAAUUAAGUUGAAAAAUAAAUCCCCACUCAUCCAUGAAGCUUGUUGGCUGAGUGGCCUUGAAGAAAUUGCUCUCUCAGCUUAACCUGUGUCUCAGGAUUGUGAGAGUAAAUGGAAUAAAAAAAUCCCAGUCUAUACACUGAAAGAUGCUGUAGACAUGAUAAAUAGCAUAAUUGGACUCUACCCUUCUUGCAAGUGGAACCAACAGCACAAGUGUUUUCUGGCUUUCAACUAUCUGUUUUACAACAGUUAUAAAACCAGAUUUUACAAAAAAUAAAUUUCAUCUGUGCAACAUAAGUCCAAAUGGGACUUACCCUAGCAUCAAGAAUCAAGGAGUAGAUAAAGGGUGCAAUCUUAUGCAUACCACAUGGAGGUCAGUCCUGUUCUGAAUAACCAUGCUUAGAUUUCACAUUAAUGUUGCAAUUCUGUAAGCACAUUUUAGGAAGUAGGACUUAAUUCUGGGUAAAGUAGCUUUGAUUGCACUGCAUGGGCCACAUUUCUACAUCAACAGCCCUGAUUUCUCUAUAUUGACCUGUUCACUGCUGUUAGAUGUUACCUAGCAUGCAUUCUACCAUUUUGCACGAGCUAGACUAUUAGUUUGUCAUAAAUGGUGACCUGUAGGUGACCAUACUCAGUAUGAAGGCUUUAUAUAAGGCAACUUCUUAUGGGACCAAUCAAAACAUGGUCAGAGUUCAUCAAAAUGGUUUUGCCAUAGUUCUGAACCAGUGAAUGAGAAUAUGCAAGAUUUGACCUCUGCACCAUGCAGAGUGAAUCGUUUCAGAAGAAGGGAGACACGCUAGUUCUUACUGAGCUGCACAUUAUCUUUAAAUGAAAGCAAAUACAAAAAGCAAUUAGAGAGUAUGAGCCCAUAUUGCUCAAAAAUUGUUUUCACAAAGUAUGUUAGCACUAGCAUUUAAGUGUUGCUUUACUACUGACACUGUGAGGGAAGUGUUCCUGUCACAGUUGGAUAUCUACUUCGUAAGUGAUAGUUUGUUGUCAAAUUUGAUUGGCACCCUGAGUCUGCAGGCAUGUAGAUUCUGCAGUGAUACGUACAGGAAGUUUGCACAAAGAGAGGCAGUCCAGCAUUUUAUACUGUCAAAUCUACUCAUAUAUGUAUAUAUAGAUUGUGCUCAGGAAAUGCCUUGUCAUUUGUUGUGAGGAAUCCAGAUAAUAUUCUCCAAAUCAUUGCCUCCCUUUGUAGGAAAUCCUGUUCCCACAGCAUCCAAACUAUAGAGUUGAUUUACUAAGGAAGUACAGUUUUUCCUCUGCCCCCUCCCCCUACUCAGCCCUGCCCAAAGCAAUCAAGAUUAUUGUUGAAAACACUGGUCCAUGUUUGUGGUUCUGCAAGGGCUAUAUAGGGAAUUUGUGACCCUCCAAACAGUCCAAACAGAUUGCAGCCUCCAUAGCUUGUGGUCAGGGAUAACAGAAUCAAAGAACUGUAGAGUUGGAAGGGAUGCUGAGGAUCAUCUAGUCCAACCCCCUGCAAUGUAGGAACCUGCAGCUGUCCCAAACUGGGAUCGAACCUGCAACCUUGGCGUUAUCAGCACCAUGCUCUAACCAACUGAGAUGUAGUCCAACAAAAUUUGGGUGCCCCAUGCUCCCCAUUCCUGCAAUAGGACUGCAAGUACCUAUUUUGUGGAGUUGGAAAUGCCAGCCACUUAGAACUUCCCUUUUCUUUUCUUUUUCCAUUUUCUCUUUUAACUUUAUCUAUUUUAUUUGCCUUAUCUCUGCCAGUGGUCUGGGAAACUGUCAGUAUUAGGAUAUGGAAUCCCCUCCUUGCAAUGAGGCUAUCCCUUGGUGCAAGGCUAUCCAUAUCCCUUUCACUAUGAGGCAAUAGCGAUGCAGGCCACAUCCACACCAUACAUUUAAAGCACUAUUAUACAGUGGUGCCUCGCAAGACAAAAUUAAUUCGUUCUGCGAGUUUUUUCGUCUUGCGAAUUUUUCGUCUUGCGAAGCACUGUUUCCCAUAGGAAUGCAUUGAAAAUCAUUGCAAUCAAAACAAACUUGCAAGACGUUUUCGUUUUUCGUCUUGCGAAGCAAGCCAGUAGGGAAAUUCGUCUUGUGAAGCUACUCAAAAAACGAAAAACUCUUUCGUCUUGCGAGUUUUUCGUCUUGCGAGGCAUUCGUCUUGCGAGGUACCACUGUACCUGUUCCUUUUAUGUACACCAGCAGGCACCAACCAGGCAGUGACUUUGCCAUAGCUCGCCCCUCCCAAAGAAACCCAGGGACUGUAGUUUAUUAAGGGUGCUGAAAGUUCUUCAGGGACUCCUAGAGCUGCAAUUCCCAGAGUCCUCUGGGAAGAUGGCCUGAUAAGUCAUUCUGGGAAUUGUAGCUCUGUGAGGGGCAUAGGGGGCUUCCUUAUAACUGUCAGCACCCUCAACACACUACAGUUCCCAGGAUUCCUGAGGGAAGCCAUGACUGUUAAGAGUGAUAUCAUAGUGCUUUAAAUGUAUGGUGCAGAUAUGGUUGUUUUAUGGUUCUUUUUUUGGGUGGUGGUGGGGGACUUGGCUGUUUUAUGGUUCUUUGGAAAGGGGCCAAGGGAAGCACAGCUCCCCAGACGUUGCAAUUCCCAUGAUCAAAGGUUACUCAUGGAGCCAAACUUGUUUGCCCCAGCAUGCUUAAUUUAAUAAUAAUAAUUAGCCACCAUAGGUUGGAAUGGCGGCACAGAAUUUGGAGGGGGGGUGUGUGUGUCUUUAACCCGUUGCCCUGUCAUGGUGUGGAUCAGAAUUGUCACCCACUCUGAGCUCAUCUGCACAGAAAGAAGGGAAUGAAAGCCGCACAGUCAUAAUAGUUUUUUGGUUGAAUUUUGAAUCAGGACUGAAUCCAGUAGGUUGGUGUUGGUAUAAGGGCUCAGUUGUUAAAGAAGCAUUUCCCAAAGAUUGCAUCAAAGCAUGCACAGAAUACAGUUCCUUAAGCACUGAGUUAACACACACUGCUUCUAUUUAUCUAUGUAGUUAUUGAUUACAUUUCUAUUCCAUUUUUCCUCCAAGGAGCUCAAGGUGGUAUAUACAGUUCUCCUCCUCUACAUUUUAUCCUAAUAACAAGCCUGUGAGGUAGAGUAGGCUGAGAGUGAGCAACUGGCCCAAGGUCUCCCAAUGAGCUUUGUGGCUGAGUGUGAAUUGAACCCAGGUCUCCCAGGUCUCUUCAGCACGCUAAUCACACUGGGGUUUUUUUUUUAGCUGAGAGGGGGUAGUUUCCAAUUGGACACAAUGUUCAGUAUCUCUCAUUUCAGCUUUAGCACACAUAAUUUUAUAGUCCCUUCCCUUAGAUCUUUAGCAACAAAUCAACAGAAAGACAUUUAACUGGUGAAAUUUCCCACAUCACAUGUCACUAAAAGAUCAUCGGCUAAAUUUCUGUUUGUCAGGAUGUUGGCACAGAAACAGGCUAGUCGAAGUUAGUAAAAGAUAAUAGCAAAAUGUUUUGCUAGUUAGUUCACAUUUGGGAGCUCAUCUAGAAAUCAGGGGGCUAGAUUUACAGUCUGGGGUUUGAUAAUUUACCAGGAGAUAAGCUUGUUAUUCUACAUGUGUGUGUUAGACUUGGGGGGGGGGGGGGAGGCCUCAGAGCUAGCAUUAAAAAGCACACAAACAAAACCACAACACAGGAUCUUUUCUUUAUGGUCGAGAUGGUUAACAUUUUACAAAGAUCUUUGCUGUGCUGUGCUGAGAAACUUGAAUGCUGUCCGGAAAGGUUUCACUUGAAUGGAGUGACUGAAAACCAACCCCAAUAUAUCAGGAACAUGCAAGCAGCUGUGGUUCGUGAAACACUGAUUCUUUAUCUGACAGCGCCAAGGAAAUGCCAAGUUAUGUUGGGUUAGCACAUGAACUCCUGAUCUUGUCACAUUUCUGGUUUCUGCACUUCAGAACAAUGAAGCAUGUACCUUUUUCCACAGUCAAGAUUCCACAGUUCAAGCAGUCAGUGUGAAAACUAUUUUAUUGCUUCUUGUUUUGAACUAUUCCAAUUGCCUUUUCCAUUCAAGUUAUAACUUAAAAGUGCAUGGUUAGCCAUACCUGUGUGGAUGGUAAACCUAGGCAUUCCCUCUUGCUCCUUGUCUCCUCUGAGAUCGGUGGUGCACUUGGGUAAUUGUAGACUCUGGACCUAAUGGUCUCAGAUUUUAAUGGGUUCAAAUGGGUUCAUUCACUUCAAAUUUGUAGUAAACGGGCUUUGCCUUGCUCAUUUUUGGGAUUGCUUCUGCUUAUUCAGUUGAGUGGAACCCCAGAUUUCUGCCCAGUAGUGGAUGGUUUCCACUGGGAUUGAUAGGGCAGAAGGCAGGAAGAACAACAGCAGGUGGAACCAGAGUCAACGAUGGGCAACACCAACUGAUUCUGGUUCUGUCUCUAUUGUCCUCUAUGUUGUAUUCUACAAAGGCAGCACUGAGACUAAGGCUCACUGCCAGGGCCACCCCAUGGACUGGAUGCAAGUAAGGAAACAGGCAGGUGGGUCCUGCCUGAGGUCAGAGCUUGCAGAGGUGGAUUUAGGGCAUUGUGCCCAAUUCUGCCACACUGGGAAAAAAGAAUAGGAGGUGCCACAGGACAUCACAGCUAUGAUGUAGUGAAUUGAGCAGAAUAGAAGGUAAGAGGCAGGUGGGUGGGUGCCAAAUCUUGGCCUUGCACAGGGUGCUGCCUCCUGGAGCUUGGUGGGGAAGCACCCCAUUUGUUCUAAUGGACCAGUGUCCACUGCUUCUGCCCCCAAAGUCCCACCUCAGUGGCACCACUGCCUGGGAUGUUUACUGCCUGAGAAAUGAUGUCGAAGAGCCAAGGAAUGCAUGGAUUUCACCAUAGCUGUGGUUUUCAUGUGUCACAAGGAACCCUCGAGUUCUUCUGUGAAUUUUCAGGGGGAUAAAUGGUGGAUACGUUGCUGGAAAGGUACUUUCUUUCUGGAUGGAGAAAUAUCACAUGAACAUCCUAAGGACCGUUUGCAGCACAGAGUAUUUAUGUGAAAGAUGCUUAAGCCUUCCUUAGUAAUGUUAAUCUGGAAAGAGUUCCUAGAGACUAGGAACAUGCAACUCUUUGGGGCAUGUCUUUUCCAGCAAAAUCCAAUGCAGCUUUUCCAUACAAUUGGAGGCAUCUGGACUGCCUCUGUGGGAAACAGGAUGGUGGAUCAGAUCAGAUGGUGGAUCUUUUUAUGUUAUAGGUAAAUCCCAUUGAGCUGAAUGAGUCUUAUUUGCAGGAAUGCUUGCAUAUCUGUCUCUUCCUUAGCCUUUGCUUGGAUGGAGGUUGGGCCCCUAUAGAUCCAUGCAGCAGUUUCAGAAAUGCAGCCCAGUCCUACAAACGUUUAUGUAGAAGGCAGUCCAAUUUAAGUUAAUGGGUUUUACUCCUAGAUAAGUAAGUGUCAGAUAACAGCCUCUGAGGUUCUUUCUAUAGAUACCCAAGUUCAAGCAGAAAGUUUGAAAGGUAUUUUAUUGGUUCUCCUAUUGAAUGAAUUAACUUUGAAAUGAGGAUUGGAGUUCUUUCCCGUGGCAGAUCCAAGGUGAGCUGUGCCAGUGCCAUGAAGCUGAACAUCAUCUUCCCAGCCACCGGCUGCCAGAAACUAUUUGAAGUAGACGAUGAGUGCAAGCUGCGCACCUUCUGCAAGAAGUGCAUGACCACAUAAGUCUCUGGAUGCUCUUGGUGAGGAGUGGAAGUUGUCCACAAUCAGUGGAGGCAAUAACAAACGAGGCUUCCCCAUGAAGCAGGGGGUCCUGACUCACGGACGUGUCCGCCAGCUUCUCAGUAAAGGCCACACUAGAAGAACUGGAGAAAGGAAACACAAAUCUGUUUGGGGUUGCAUUGUUGAUGCCAAUUUAAGCGUCUUGAAUUUGGUCAUUGUAAAGAAAGGUGAGGAAGAUAUUCCUGAACUGACUGACACCACUCUGCCUCGCCGGCUUGGUUCCAAGAGGGCUAGCAAAAUCCAAAAGUUGUCCAAUCUCUCCAAAGAAGACUACGUCCAUCAGUAUGUUGUGAGAAAACCAUUGAACAAGGAAGGCAAGAAGCCCAGGACCAAAGCACCCAAGAUUCAGCACUUGGUAACUCCCAGGGUCCUACCACAGAGCAGGCAUAUGUCCUAAAGCAGGAGUAUUGCUCUAAAGAAGCAGGGUACCCAAAAGAACAAGCUUCUGGCUAAAAAAAUGAAGGAGGCAAAGGAAAAACGGCAAGAGCAAAUAGCUAAGAGGCGUAGACUUUCUUCACUGAGAGCCUCCACAUCUAAAUCUGAAUCAAGCCAGAAGUAAAUUAGGAACUGUGCUCCUAAAAACAUUAAAUAAAACUUUUAUGGGGGGGGGGGAGAAAUGAGGAUUGGAGAGAGGAAACACUGGAGGAUGCCAUUCAUCACAGAACUCCCAUAUACUGUUAGAUAGAGCAUAGUAUGUGAGCUUUUUAUUUCUCCAAAAUGUAAUUGAGGAAUACCUAAUGGGAUCUGCACCUAUAGCAAACUCUAGGAGAUAUUCUGAAGCUAUAAUAUGGUCUCUGUUUAUUAUUUGGUUGAUAAUAAGUACAGUACGUAUAAAUUCAUCUUUCAUUUUUCCUGUUCUAAAAUAUUUUGGCUGUUUUGCCUUUAAAACUAAAAAAUAAAUUCCAAUUAUAUAUUUCUUUUUUAAAAAAGCAAACAAACUCCUUUGAGCUAAGAGCUCGUAUGUUGAGUGGGAGCUUGAAGAGAAUUAAAACAGCUGAG